AAAAUCACAGAAAAUAGAAUAGGUCUUUUAACUUUUGUAUGUAUCUUGCCUUGGUGCAAAAGUAGGAGAAGAAAAUGAUCCCAACCAUUCAUUUGUCAAACAGUAAAAGACUCCUAUAUAUACUACAACCCUCAACUCCAUUGCCACAGCUAUUACUUUACCAGUACAUAUAUAGAUAUAGAUAUAGAUAUAUUCUGGUCAGCCAUGGGAAGCCAAACCAACGAUCAUCAUCAGCUCCAUGCAAUUUUCUUCCCCUUUAUGGCUCAAGGCCAUGUCAUACCAACCAUUCACAUGGCCAAACUUUUUGCUUCCAAUGGCUCCAAAGUCACCAUUAUUCUCUCUACUUCUUACUUCAUACCCUUAUUGUCCAAAUCUAUUGAAAACUAUACCUCCAUGAUUGACAUUAUCAACAUCAAAUUCCCAGCUGCCGAGGUUGGAUUGCCCGAAGGGGUCGAUAACCCUCAUGCGGUGGCCAACCCCAGUGGCGAUAUGAUACAGAAGUACUUCCGGGGUUGUCGACAACUCGGCCCUCAACUCGAGCAAAUAUUAGACCAAAUUCGUCCAGAUUGUCUGGUGGCUGAUAUGUUCUUCCCUUGGGCCAACGAUGUUGCUGCCAAGUUUGGAAUUCCCACACUCCUCUUCCAUGGAACUUGUUGUUUCGCUUUGUGCGCUUCUACAAGUGUGUUUUUGCAUGAGCCUCAUAAGAAGGUGUCGUCUGAUUCGGAACACUUCUUUAUUCCCGAUUUUCCUGACAAAAUCGAGAUAACAAGAAGUAAACUUCCUGAGUUUGUGAGAUACGAUGAUGGGAACGAACUUACAAAGGUGUUUAAAGCAAUGAGAGAGGUGGAGAGUAGGUGUUAUGGGGUUCUAAUCAACAGUUUUUACGAGCUCGAACAAGGCUAUGCAGAUCAUUACAGAAAGGUUUUAGGAAGGAAAGCUUGGCAGAUUGGCCCACUUUUCUUAACCGAACCUAAUAAUAAAAUGGUUGAUUCUAAUAAUCAGCACGAGUGCUUGAAAUGGCUAAACUCAAAGAAACCCAACUCAAUUAUUUAUGUGAGUUUUGGAAGCUUGGCAAGUUUCAACGAUGAACAACUUAUGGAGAUUGCAACAGGGCUUGAGGCUUCUGGGCAUCAAUUCAUUUGGGUUGUGAAGAAAGAAAAGGUAAAAGGGGUUGAAGAAGAGUGGCUUCCUGAAGGAUUUGAAGAAAGAAUGAAAGAAAGAGGAUUGAUAAUAAGAGGAUGGGCACCACAAGUUCCGAUUCUGGAACACGAAGCAGUUGGAGGAUUUGUAACACAUUGUGGGUGGAAUUCAACACUGGAAAGUGUCUGCGCUGGGGUGCCAAUGGUUACUUGGCCAAUUGCGGCGGAACAAUUUUAUAAUGAGAAGUUGGUAUGUCAAAUACUGAGGAUUGGAGUUGAAGUUGGAACUAUGAAAUGGAAGAUGAAUGUUGGGGAUUUCGUUAAGAGUGAAGCCAUUAGAAAUGCAGUGAGUAAAAUUAUGGAAGGAGAAGAAGCAGAGGAAAUGAGAAGCAGAGUGAAGAGUGUUGGUGAAAUUGGGAGGAAUGCUAUCAAAGAAGGAGGAUCAUCCAUGUUGGAUUUACAUGUCUUGUUUCAUGAUUUGAGGUCCGCUCGUCAUUAAAAGAAUUUGCACUGAAAACAUAUUUUACGGUUUGGGUUACUUACGUGAAUUUCUGUUUAAAUGUUAGAAAAACUGUUUUUAAAUAUAAAAAUAAAAAACUUUAUAUAAAUAAAAAUUUAUAUAUGUCAUGUUAAAAUAAGGGAUGUGUAAUAGUGAGAAGAUAUGUUAAAAUAUGCUUUUUUAAAUGAUCAGGUUCCUUAUUUAUUUUUAACGUAAGGUGUUUGAAAAUUAUGUGGCUGGGUUGGAUGCGACUAUAUUAUUCUUUAUUAUGAUAAUGACUAUAUAAUAUGUAUACAGAUAUGGUUAAUACUAUUGAAAC